AUGAGGAGUUCAGAAAGCGGCGCCACCUUGUUCAAAAGGUUGAUCGAAGCAUCGUGCACGAGGCUGGCAAGAGAUUAUGACGAGCUUCGCGGUGGCCAAACAGAACAUGGUGCAGCGUCGAGUCUUGAGCGCGCGCAUGUGUAA